AUUAUUUUCUGAAGGAGAAAGCUUUAGAUGGCGUUUGUGUUUAGAACUCUUCGUCUUGUGCCUACGGCUAUACGCGUGACAGUGGCUGGAGGGGUCACCUAUGGCACAGUGAAGGCUGGAGCAUGGUCUGAUUCAUCUGAUAGCCGUGAGAAACUCGAUAAAGUACAAGAGUCCAUUUCUAACCUGAGAGAGAUAGAAUAUCCACCAAUGGAGCAUAUACAAUCUGCCCACCCCCAGGUUGAUAGACUGUCGGCCAAUCAGAUUGAGGUGGGUGCUCUUCGCUCCUCCCUCACACAAUCGUGGAACAAUGCCGUUAAAAGUGCUUGUGAGGCCGUCGUCAGGGACGAGGGUUCAAAGGUCGAGAGCAGCCUCAAAUCUCUGACUGAUAGAUUUAGUCAGUGGACCAAAUAAACUUCUUUGUUUCUUUGUCUUUUUUGUUCUUCGUAUAUGUACAGCAGUUGCACUUUCA